AUGAGCCUACGCAUCGCCCUCCUCAUAAACACACCCCCCAACACCUCCUUCUGGGAUGACGUGCGCAAUUCCUACCAAUCCGCCUUUGCCAUCGUCUCUCCUACCUCCGAGAUCCACGUAUUCGACCCCGUCUUUCGACCCACCUUUCCCAACCCCCAAGAAUACGACCUAAUCGUGCUAAGCGGUGGAAAAGCAGACGCUUCCUCAUCCGAGCCGUGGGUUCUGGGCGUACUAGGAUUUCUGCGAAGAACGGCUCGUGAGGCGCCGCAGACGAAGAUUCUGGGGAUAUGUUGGGGUCAUCAGGCUAUUGCGAGGGCGUUUGGGGGGGUUGUUAGGGGUGUGGUGAAGGGGCCGAUUGCUGGUAUUGAAGAUGUCAAGUUGACAGAAGCAGGGAGAAGAUUCUUUGGCUGCCCAGAUACUAUCACUUUGAGACUACCCGAGUUCCAUGUACGCGAGGUAGCAGAGCCCGGAAUUGACUUCGUCGAGCUGGCAGAGAACCACGAAAUGUUCAUCAAUGCAGCGAACACGAUUCUAUCCUUCCAAGCACAUCCAGAGGUGCACCCUGCGCUUGCUAGGAAGAUGUUACUCGAAGAAGAUGAUGUCUAUAAUGGGAAUCUCUCACAGGAACAGCUAGAUGCUCAGCUUAACAGGCUUGAGCAGCCAACGGAUGGUGUUGAGGUGUUGAGAAGGGUGGUUGAGUGGGUGAGGGAAUAG